AUGGCCAAUACCGACCACCCUAAGCAGGUCAGACCGACAAAGGUCCAGUUAGCAGCGAGAAAGGAGUUGACCUACAAACUUCCCAAAUUCUCGGGCAAACCGGCACAGUGGCCAUUGUUUUAUGCAGCGUACAAUGCCUCCAACGAUGCCUGUGGUUACAUGAACCACGAAAACCUGAUGAGGUUACAGGAAGCACUCGAAGGGGAUGCACUCGAGCUAGUGUCGGGGCAGCUACUUCUGCCGGCAUCGAUUCCGAGGGUCAUCGAGAAGCUACAACGGCACUACGGCCGCCCAGAGCAGCUUCUACAAAGUCUGUUGGACAAGGUGGAUCGUUUGGAGCCUCCGAAACCGGACAACCUCCGGAGUUUUGUUCCUUUCGGAAAGACGGUGGAACAACUUUGCGGGCACCUGGAGGCUGCGGGUCUACAGCAACACCUCGUCAAUCCGCUGCUUAUUAAGUCGCUGGUCGCCAAGCUUCCGGAUCGUGAGAAGCGUGAAUGGGUUCAUUACCGGAGAGGCCACGGCGAAACCACGCUGCGAACGCUGACGGAUUUCCUCAUGGACAUAGUGGUGGACGCCUGUGAAGCCAAGAAGGGUGCGCUGUACUGCCAUGGCGAAGGCAGCAGUCCGGCGGCUAACUUGAACGAAGAAAGGAGGCUCAAACCGUGCCAACAAUGCCGAGCCACCGAUCAUCGUCUGCGGCGCUGCACAGAGUUCAGGAAGCUGCGAUAUGCUGAGCGGCUGAAGUUGGUGAAUCGGGAGAAGCUGUGCCACGUCUGUCUCAACGAGCACAAAGGGCAGUGCAAAUUCAACAUCCGCUGCAACAUUGGCGAAUGUAGGGCAUUCCACAAUCCACUGAUGCAUCCGGUGGGAAAUGUGGUCGGGUUGAGUGCGCACAUAAGGACAAACUGCACAGUCAUGUUCCGGAUUGUUCCAGUCCAGUUACACUGCGGAGGAAAGUCGGCGACGGUGUUGGCGUUCCUGGACGAAGGUGCUUCGGUCACGUUGGUGGAAAAAAGGCUCGCUGAUCGCCUGGGCGCAAUCGGAGUACGAGAGCGGCUGACCAUCAAAUGGACGGGAAAUGUCUCGCGUGUGGAAGAGUCCCGGAGAAUGAGUUUGUGGGCGUCGGGUACAAGUCCAGCGGCCGGCGACAAAUUGUUGCUGCAUACGGUCCAUACAGUUGGAAAGCUGAUGUUGCCGCAUCAAAAGCUGGACCAUGAGGAACUUGCUGCGCAGUACGGCCACAUGAGAGGAUUGCCGAUCGAGUCCUACGAUGGACAGCCGCAGCUGCUAAUCGGGGCGAACAAUACUCAUUCGUUCGCGCCACUGGAGGCAAAAGUAGGGACACCAAUGGAGCCUAUUGCUGUUCAUACCAACCUCGGCUGGACGGUUUACGGACCCAGACAGUCCACUACGGUGGCGGCCGGCAACUACCUCGGGUACCAUCAACAGAUCACCAAUGAUGACCUGCAUGAGCUUCUCAAAAGCCACUACGCGCUGGAGGAGUCGGUGGUGAUGAUACCGCAAGAAACGGAAGAGGAAAAACGUGCCCGGAAAAUACUGGAACGCACCACUAAACGUAUCGGCAAUCGCUAUGAGACCGGGUUGGUGUGGAAGACAGACGACCCACGGUUCCCGGACAGCUAUCCAGUUGCCUUGCGGAGAAUGCGGCUUGACAAGUGUCCAAAGCUGAUAGAAAGCAUCAGCAGACAUAUCAAGGAAUACCAGCAGAAAGGGUACACACAUCUCGCUACCGCUGAGAAAUUAGCGGGCACUGCCGCCGACCAAGAGUGGUAUCUCCCGAUCAAUGUCGUCCAAAGCCCAAAGAAGCCCCAGAAGAUCCAUCUCGUCUUGGAUGCCGCAGCGACGGUGCAAGGAGUCUCUCUAAACUAUCAGAUGCUAACAGGACCGGACAUGCUCGUACCGCUGAUCAAGGUUCUCCAGGGUUUCCGCGAACGGCGGAUUGCGUUCGGUGAAGAUUUGAAGGAGAUGUUCCACCACCUGAAGAUACGCGCAGAGGACAAACAGAAGCAGCGGUUCAUCUUCCGGAAUACGCCGGAGGAUUCCUCAAGCAUUUACGUCAUGGACGUGACGACAUUUGGAUCGAUAAGCUCUGUUUGGUCCAAUUUAUGGAGAAUUGGAAUGCCGAAGAAUGACUACUUCGACAGUGUCGACACCGUAGAAGAGGCGGUUUCCCUAGCACAAGAGGUUAGAUUAGUCCACCGAAAAGCAGGUUUUGAGAUCCGGAAUUGGGUGUCCAACUCGCCCGAAGUUCUACGAAGUCUUGGAGAGAAAAAACCGGCGGCGCCGGUGCAUUUCGGCUGCGAUAAACAGACGUUGAAGGAAAGAGUUCUGGGAGUGAUCUGGGACCCGAGGAUGGACGAAUUCUCGUUCUCAACAAAGAGCCGGGAAGACAUGAUGCCGUACCUGUAUGAGGAAAAACGUCCUACGAAACGACUCAUCGCAAGCUGCGUGAUGGGAUUCUUCGAUCCGCUCGGACUGUUGUCGCCGUUCACCAUUCACGGCAAAAUAAUCAUCCAGCAUCUCUGGCGCUCCAAAUGUGACUGGGACGAAGAAAUCGACACAGAUUCCUGGGAUCUGUGGAAGCGGUGGACAAAACUGUUGCCGCAAGUAGAGGAGAUCCGGAUCCCCCGAUGCUAUCUCGGCGGUGCGAGGUACGCCGAAGUUGAUUCGCUGGAAGUGCAUAUUUUCACCGAUGCCAGCGAACACGGAUACGGCUGCAUCGCAUAUCUGCGAGCGGUAAUCCUAGGAGAAGUCCAUUGCAGUCUGGUAAUGUCGCGGGCAAAAGUGGCACCGAUAAAACGCCAGUCAAUUCCCCGUCUGGAGCUCAUGGGAGCUGUGCUAGGAGCCCGGAUGAGCCAAACCGUGCUGGGCACUCGCUCCUACAGUAUUAGCCGAACCGUUUUCUGGACCGAUUCCAGCACAGUGUGCAGCUGGCUCAAAUCCGACCAACACCGAUACAAGCAAUUCGUUGCUUUUCGGGUCGCAGAAAUCCAAGAGCUGACGAAGGUGGCAGAUUAG